GGAAAAACAGCUUUAAAUCCACUGGAGCUGGUGGCAGGAAUAGAUGAUUCCUAAAAUAGUUAUAUGGACCCCAAGUGCCUCAUUUAGAAAAGUUAGCUUAACCUACUACUACCUUUCCAAUCAAUGCCACUAAAAAGAAAUUUCCCAUAGCAGCCUUUUCUGGUUUCCUCCCUGAAGUCAUCAGUUCACAAAAUGACAAAUUCCACUCUUCCUGUUUGGGGAUUUCUUUUUCAGACUGAGCCGUCUUUGCGUUGUCUCUCUUAGUUAGAGAGGUUCCUCUCUGUUGCAGAGAUAAACUAAGGCCCAGAUUUGUUAAUGCAAGCUGUACCUGCUUGGAGUUUGGGGGAUUACCUCUGCCUCAGCUGUCAUCCUGGCAAGAUUUGCACAGCUCAAACAAUUGAACACCAAGGUGUCCAACCUGACAACUCUGUGAGGUUCUCACUGAAGGCUUUCAGUACCACGAAGAGCAAUACACUUUUCAUCUUUCUGGAGAAGAAGUGAUAGGUAACUCAAGAAAAUGCCUCUUGUGAUUUUUUUGUUAAUGUUUAUCAUUGGAUCUGCCAGUGAGAAGCUGUGUCCCCUUCGUGCCUCCAUUGAUAUACUAGAAGGGGAAUACUUUUUCCUUUGCUUUCCUGAGUCAAUGCAAGAACGUUUUCAGAGAGCAGAAGACACAAUAAACUGGUACAAAGAAAAUAAUGGAAAGCAGAAGCUGAUAAAAGAUACACACAGAAUUGUUUCACAAAUGAAUUUUCUGGAGUUUUGGCCAGUUGAACUCAGUGACUCUGGGAAUUAUUCUGUCGUUCACAGUGAUGGAAAACAAAAUUUCACAAUUCAGAAGUGGACCUUGAAUGUACUUCAAAGAAAUAAAAGCAGCUGUUUCAAUGAAAAUCACUUAACUACAGAAAUUAAAAAUGCUGGAAAUGGUCAUUCACUGAAAUGCAGUGAUCUGUCUGUCAACGAAAAUGACAGUAUAAUGUGGUACAAGGACUGUAAGAACUAUCAAAAUAAAACAGAGCGGGAACUGGAUUUUAAAACUUUAACAAUUCAGCACUCUGGGAUAUACACCUGUAAAAUUCUGAUCACUCAUGAAGGAAAGGUGUUCCACAGCACAAGUACAAUUCGUCUGGUAGUAGAAGAAGAUGCACCAGAGUCUGUAACUUUGGAGAUAGUUGGACUUGAUGAAGAAGUUGAAACGCAAAUAGGUAAAGAAGAGAUACUCAAUUGCACAGGUUUCAUGGGUUAUUAUAUGCCAGAAGAUGCCAGCCUUUACUGGUCAAUUAACCAGACAUUUCCAGAAAAAUGUUCAGCUGUCCCUGAGCAUGAGCCUUCAAUAUGUGAAGAAGAGUUCGAAAAAUUACAUAUUGGAAACAAAUUUUAUGUCACAAGGCUAUUACGGAUUAAGAAAGUAACAGAUGAGGACAUGCGUACUAAUUUCACCUGCAUGUUACAAGCUGAUGAAGGAAUGCGAAUAAAAGUAGUGAAACUGAAGAAAGGAAACACUCAAGAUCUGCCUGUGCAUAUAUUUACAACUGGGAUGGUCCUUGCUGUAAUAUUUCUAUGCAUUGCUGUAGUCAUGGUGGUUGUCUGUGUGACAUUCAGAGUUGACUUAGUUCUAUUUUAUAGGAACACAUGUAGAAGAGAUGACACUGCUGGAGAUGGAAAAGAAUAUGAUGCUUUUGUGUCUUACCUGAAAGACUGUAUGUCUCCUAGCGAAGAAGAGAGAGAAUUUGCUCUGAAUAUAUUACCCAUGAUAUUAGAAGAAAAUUUUGGUUACAAGUUGUGUAUAUUUGAGAGGGAUGUAUCUCCUGGAGGAGCUGUUGUUGAUGAUAUCCAUUCAUUUAUUGACAAAAGCCGAAGAUUAAUCAUUAUACUGAGCCAGAACUACAUUUCUGACAGAGCCAUAUAUGAACUUGAGAGUGGACUUCAUAAAGCUCUAGUUGAAAGAAAAACUAAGAUCAUAUUAAUUGAAUAUAUGCCUAUAAGUGACUAUAGUUUCUUGCCAGAAUCACUCUCUCUUUUACCAUCACAAAGGGUUGUGAAGUGGAAAAAGGAUAAAUCUCUUCCUGUGAAUUCCAGAUUUUGGAAGAACCUUCGAUACCUGAUGCCAGCAAAACCUACCAAGUCAAACACCAAGGAGCAAUACAAUAAUCUUGAUCUGGGUUCAGAAGGUGUUCAGCCGUGGACUGGGGGCUGUGACUUUAAUACAGUCUUAUAACAAUUCUGGAAUAGGAAAGUACUACAGAAAACUGCAAAUUUUACUACAUUUAAAUAAAAACCACAAGCUACACUUACUUUAGGGAGGUAAUGUUGAUAGAUGCCAAGUCUGAGAUUUGAGAAAAGCAUGAAAAUUGUCACAAUGACUAGGAUGAUGUUAACUCCAAUGCUAAAUGCUGUCACAGAGACAGAUUCCUUAGCAGUUUGUGCAAGGAGCAGAACUCUGAUCCUGCUUAGGACUUACCUUGUGACGGUGAACACUGCAAAAACAUUUGGUUCCUUCCUUUAAAAUAACAUCAUACUUGCGUACUUUGUGAGGCCACUGAAUAAAU